GUGGACUUCAUGGCUCCCUACAAUAGGCCCCUAGAACCGUCAAUCGCGGCGCAGGUUGCGGUGCUCUGCAGUUUCCCCAAAGUCGGCUUCCAGGUGCGGGACGUGCGGUGCGGGUGGGAGGAUGCGGAAUUCGCGGACCGGUUCACGGUGCUCGUGCCAUGUGGCUGGGACAAGCUGGAAUGGUACGUGCAGUUCAACGCCAGCCGGCCAGGCGACCCACCGGACGUCAUCUUCCAUUCUUCACCUGACGGCCUCCGCUUCCACCCUCUGCUGCUGCCAGGUGCCGCCAGCGCCAGUGACAGCAGCAGCUGGGGUUUGCUAAAAGACUGGCAGCAGAACGACUCAUACCGUCUAGUGCGCCUCUUGCUGCACCUCAGAGCCCUCUUCCUGCAGCACCAGCGGCGACAGGCGGAAGCAGUUGAGGACGAGAGGGUGAAGUUCGAGCUGGGUACGCUGGCGCACCAGGAGUUUGAGGUCUACGCCCCUCUCGCUGCUGGCAAGUCAUCCCCAGAAGAGCUGCAGCUGGCGGUGCCAGUGCUGGGGGUAGACCUGCGCCCCCUCACUCUCUUCAGGUGGUGGUCGGAGUGGCUCAAGCGCUGUGGCAGCGACCUUCAGCUGAGGCUUCUGAUCAAGUUCCCCAUCUCGGGGAGCAGCAGCAGCGCUGGCUUCAAACCAUCCACCCCUCAACUGAAGCUAGACGCUCCCCCGCUCCUCCUCUCUCUCCUUGGCUUCCCAGAGACCAAGCUGCCUGCCUGGACUGACUCCAUGUGCACAGUUGCCUACCUGCCUGAACUUGCUGCAUUCAUCCACCAGCGACUCGACGAUGCUGUCUCAUCCAUGCAAAGCCGGGCAGACUUUGUUUCAGCUCUUCCCGCAGUGUUUGGGCAGCCUUUAGAAACUGAUACACAACUCUUCUCUCAGACCACCGUGUUUGUGUCGGCCAGUAACUGCAUGUUCCUGGUGCGCAUUGCCCUACCGCCAUCCUUCCCACAGCAGCAGCCCUCCCUCACUCUUCAGUCCGCCCAUCAUUUCACGGCAGCCAAUCGCCCGGUGUCAUCCGAGCCAAUCAGCAGCUUCCCUUGGAGCCCCAGAUGGGCCACAGCGCAGAUGGCGCAGCGCCUCGGCUCGUUCUUGGAGGAGGAGGGCGCACCUUUCAAGCGAUUUUGUGUUGAUGUCUCCAGAGGUGCUGGUCCUGCAAGGCCGUGAUGUGCUCCUUAUAAGGAAUGCAUGCGCUGCUUAUAAGGAGAUGUACCUUACGCUUGAAUAGAGUGUGGCAUUGGCACGAACAGCUUUUUGAACAUAGGAAAAAAUGCUCUACUACCGGACUGUAGUAAGUGAACUAUUAUAACAAUAUCAUGUGUCACUACCAUAAGUCAACCCUCUCUACAGUCAUAAGGGAACUGUUGGAAGCUUUGUACAAUAUACAUUCCCUGUUCAAAGGGCCUAGUUUGUGUGUGUGAGGUGUGUGCCUCCC